GUCUCUGCGCUCUGCUCUCUCUGUCUUCCCCUCUCCAUUAUUAUACUGUCAUCGUCUCCCAGGUUCUUCAUCGUCUUGAGAUCUCCGUCUCCGAAGCUUCGCCUCUCCUUCGACUUCCAACUUCCGCCUCCUCCUCUCCCCUUAAAUACGCUUCGCACACUCCUUCCAUUCCACUUCCCUAAUCUUUGCUUCUUUCCGCCGAAGAAGAAAGAAACAAGAGGAGAAAAGGGUGGUUUUCUGGGUGAUAAGAGUCGCUGAGUGAUGAUGGCUCGGAAGCCGCUGAUGUUAAAGGAUUACCUUGAGUUGGACUGCGAUUCCGAGUCAGUUGGUAAGGGCUUCUGGCAGGCACCAAUGCGGGCCAGCGAUGCCGACGACGACGCCGACGCCGAUGCCGCGACCGUGCGGCGCCUCCUUGAUGCGGAGCUCCGAGGCGGUAGUGGAGGACGAAGGCUGCCGCGGACGCGAUCCAUGAGCGCCAUGACGCGGAUCUCGGCCGUGAUCAACGCCAUCAAGCUGCUGCCCUUUGCCGUCGCCUCCUCCUCCAACUCGGCCUCGUGCGGCGAGCACCGGUCCGGACAGGAAGGCAUCCUGUCGAGGAGCUUCUCGAGGCGGCUGAGGGGGAGCUUCUGGAGGAAGACGGGGAAGAUGGCGGCGGCUGAGGAGGUGGAGAACAGGGUGAGGGUUAAGGACAUCGUCCGGCUGAGAUCGUUCGAGGAGGAGGCGAAUGGCGAUGAGCAGAGGUCGUUCAUCUUCCCGUCGCCGACCAUCAGCAGCCGCAGCAGCUGGUCGGAGUCAGACUCCUACGGGUCCGAUUUCCUCCCCUCCACUGCCAGCACCGACGCCACGGACGACAUUCCCCCUGCCGGCGCCGACACCACCGAAGACGGAAACAAGGGCUCGCAGCGAGCAAGCCCGAGACGCAGCCCCAGGGCGUGUCGGAAAAGCACCGGCGAGGGAUUCGCCGCUGGCCACCGUCUUGCGCCGAAGGUAACCGAGAGCGAGGGCACGGGAUCACCGCAAUGCCACUUGGAGGAGGAGGAACUGCAGCAGCUAAGUCCAGUGUCAGUAAUGGACUUCCCCUCGGAAGAAGAGGACGACCCCGCCUCGCGUUCCUUCCGCCACAGCCUCGCCAAGCUCGAAACUGCAGGGACGAAGGUGCAGCAGCUGAAGAAGAUCAGACGGCUCGAGAGGAAUCAAGAUCUGGGCCCCGUCGAUCUCGACCGUCGCUUCUCCUCCUCUGAUGAGCUUCCCGAACGCACCAGUCACGAGGUGGAGGGAGGUGCCUCACGUGAGGGGAAGGCGUGGGGCCUACUGGGACACCUAAAGGCCAGCUGCCACGCGGACCUACAGGAGAGGAGCACCGACAGGCUCCUGGUUGACUUCUUCAUCCAACGGUUGUCCUCCUUCGACGACGACGGCGACGAUCUCGACCGCCCGUUGCGCCGGAGGCAAAGGUGCUGGACCUCCGCCGUCCGCCGUGAGCCGGCGGAAGAAGAUGCAGUGUUGAACACCGCGAGGGGUUGGAUCGAGGGGGCGAGAAGCGGGGAUCUGGACGACUACCACGGGGAGGCGACGCUGAGGGAGAUGGAGCGGCACGGGCGGUGGAGAUCGUUCGAGGGGGAGGAGCGACAGCUGGGGGUGGAUUUGGAGCGGCUCGUGCUCGGGUCGUUGAUGGAGGAGGUCGUGGAGGAAUUCGUGUCAUGUUGAAGACCACCACGAAUCUCGUCGUCGUCGGUGAUGAGGCCAUUCAAUUUUGUGGAAGAGCAGAACGAUAUGUUUGUGCAUUUAUUGAUGAAGGCCAAGGCUGACUCCCAUACGUCAUCCCUCCAUUGUUAGAAGACCUUCGUAAUGGCAAUUAUUUAAUGGCUAAUGAUUAUUUGCCAAUCCUACACUUUCCUGUUAAUUUGAAUGUAUAUAUAAAAUAUUAUAUAAUGUAAACCAUAUUGAAAUAUCAUGAUAUGCACAAUA